UAUGAUAUCCUAAAUCAGUGGUAAAAUAUUAUCUCUAUCAGGAAUAUAAAUAAAUUUAUCAUAUUUUCUGAGAAAAAUUUGUGGGUGUUCUGAUUGAAUGGGUGAGUGAUAAAUUUUUGAUGAUAUACAAAUAAAAUAAGAGGAAUAAAUAAGGAAAAUGAGUAAUUUAAUUGGGCAGAAUGUAAGUUUGUUGUUGUUGGAGCAGCAUCAAAGCAAGGUAGUAAAUUCUUUGGGUAAUGGAAUAUCUGGAAUUCCAUUAUUCAGAACUCAAGCAACUUCUAAAUUAAGAAAUUCAACUAUAUUUAGCAAGCAAUUCUAUGGGAAGAGCUUCAAAUCUUACACAAAUUCCAAGAAAUUAAUGGCUUCUCGUCGAUUUUCUUAUGUUGCUCGUGCUGUUCUAGCUGCUGAUCAUGCUUCUCAGCAAGCUGACAGAUACAAUCUUGAUGGAGAUAUUGAACUGCAGGUUACAGUGAGCCCUUUGUCAUCUGGAUGUAUCUCUAAAGUGGAGAUUCUGGUAACAAAUAGUCACGAUGACAAUUUGGUACUUCACUGGGGUGGGAUACGUGAUGGCAAAGAGAAAUGGAUACUUCCUUCACGUAGACCUGAAGGUACCAGAGUACACAAGGAUAGAGCACUUAGAACCCCAUUUCAAAAGUCAGGUUCUGGCUCUUCCUUAAACAUAGAGAUUGAUGAUCCAGCAAUGCAAGCAAUUGAGUUUCUAAUUUUUAAUGAAGCCCGGAACAUAUGGUUCAAGAAUGAUGGCCAAAACUUUCAUGUGAGGUUGCCUGAGAAAGCAGAGCAUGCUCAACAAGUAUCAGUUCCUGAAGAGCUUGUGCAGGUUCAAGCAUAUCUCAGAUGGGAAAGAAAGGGUAAACAGAUGUAUACCCCUUACCAGGAAAAGGAGGAAUAUGAAGCAGCACGUGCCGAAUUAUUGGAGGAGGUAGCCAAAGGUGCUUCUAUACAGGACCUGCAGGCAAGGUUAAGAAAAGGAAGUAAUGCAAGUGAAGUUACGAAAGAAACCCCCUCAAACUCUAAAACCCAGAUCCCAGAUGAUCUUGUACAGAUUCAAGCUUACAUAAGAUGGGAGAAUAAUGGCAAACCUAACUACUCCCCAGAUCAACAAAGUAAGGAAUUUGAGGAAGCGAGAAAAGAUUUGCAGAGGGAACUAGAUAAGGGCACUUCACUGGAUGAUAUACGAAGAAAGAUUGCAAAAGGAGAGGUAAAAACUAAGGUUGCAAAGCAGCUGGAGAAAAAAAGCUACUUUUCUGCUGAUCGGAUUCAGCGAAAGAAGAGGGAUCUGAUGCAGAUUUUAAGUAAAAAAGCUGCUGAACCAGAGGUGAAAGUAUCAACAAAAGUGACAUUACCUAAGGCCUUAUCUACCGUUGAGCAUUUUGUUGAGGCAAAGGAAGCUGAAGAUGGUGGUCUUGUAGUGGUAAAAAAGAUAUUUGAGCUUGCUGACAAGCAAAUUAUGGUACUUGUGACUAAGUUUGCUGAUAAGACAAAGAUAAGUCUAGCUACAGAUUUCAGUGAACCUCUUACUCUUCACUGGGCUCUAUCGAGAAAAGGAAAUGAGUGGUUGACACCUCCUCAAAAUGUCCUUCCACCAGGUUCAGUUUUACUGGAAAAGGCUGCAGAAACACAGUUUGCUAGAGUCUCCCCUGAUGAUCCCUUACACCAGUUACAGGUUCAGUCUGUGGAGAUAGAAAUUGAAGGUGAGGAUUUUAUAGGUAUGCCAUUUGUCCUUGUAUCUGCUGGAAAUUGGAUAAAGGACAAUGGGUCAGAUUUCUAUAUCAACAUUGGUGUCCAACCCAAGCAGAAGGAUGCAGGUGAUGGAAGUGGUACUGCUAAGUUACUGCUGGAAAAGAUAGCUUCACUGGAGAGUGAAGCACAAAAAUCUUUUAUGCAUCGGUUCAAUAUUGCAGCAGACUUGCUUGAUGAAGCCAUAGAUGCUGGUGAAUUGGGUCUUGCCGGAAUGUUAGUAUGGAUGAGAUUCAUGGCCACAAGGCAGCUCAUAUGGAACAAAAACUACAAUGUGAAGCCACGUGAGAUAAGUAAAGCUCAAGAUAGACUUACAGAGUCCCUCCAAAAUAUAUUCAGAAGUCAUCCCCAAUAUGGGGAACUUCUUCGAAUGAUUAUGUCUACUAUUGGUCGUGGAGGUGAGGGGGAUGUUGGACAGAGAAUUAGAGAUGAAAUAUUGGUCAUCCAGAGAAACAACGAUUGCAAGGGUGGAUUUAUGGAGGAAUGGCACCAAAAACUGCAUAAUAAUACGAGUCCUGAUGAUGUUGUUAUCUGUCAGGCAUUACUUGAUUACAUCAAAAGUGACUUUGACAUCAGUGUUUAUUGGAAAACGCUAAACGAAAAUGGGAUUACAAAAGAACGACUUCUUAGUUAUGAUCGUGCUAUCCAUUCUGAACCUAAAUUAAGAAGCGACCAAAAAGAAGGGCUUCUGCGGGAUCUUGGACAUUAUCUGAAAACACUGAAGGCAGUUCAUUCAGGAGCAGAUCUGGAAGCUGCUAUAUCAAAUUGCAUGGGUUACAAAACUGAGGGUCAAGGUUUCAUGGUCGGGGUGAAUAUAGAUCCUAUUCCGGGUUUACCUGCUGGAUUUCCGAACUUGCUUCAGUUUGUCUUGGAACAUGUGGAAGAUAAGAACGUAGAGCCACUGGUUGAGGGAUUACUAGAAGCACGGCAGGAACUCCGUCCAUCUUUAUUCAAAUCUCAGGAUCGGCUUAAGGAUCUUAUGUUUCUAGAUAUUGCCCUGGAUUCUUCUGUGAGGACAGUCAUUGAAAGAGGCUAUGAGGAGCUGAAUCAAGCUGGACCUGAGAAAAUUAUGUCCUUCAUUUCCAUGGUUGUUGAAAAUCUUGCUCUGUCGUCUGAUGAUAAUGAGGAUCUGCUCUACUGCAUAAAGGGAUGGAAUCACGCACUUGAUAUGUUAAAGAGUAAGGACGGAGAUUGGGCGUUGUAUGCAAAAUCAGUCCUGGACAGGACUCGUCUAGCACUUGCAAGCAAGGGAGAGUUUUAUCAACAAGUUUUGCAGCCAUCUGCAGAUUACCUUGGGUCACUUCUUGGAGUUGAUCAGUGGGCUGUAAGCAUAUUCACAGAGGAGAUUGUUCGUGCUGGAUCAGCGGCAUCUCUAUCUGCACUUCUUAAUCGAUUGGAUCCUGUUCUUCGAAACACGGCAAAUCUGGGCAGUUGGCAGAUCAUAAGUCCAGUUGAAGCUAUUGGAUAUGUUGUGGUUGUUAAGGAGUUGCUAUCUGUCCAAAAUAAAAUUUACGCACAACCCACUAUCUUGGUUGCAAAUCAUGUAAAAGGAGAAGAGGAAAUUCCUGAUGGCACUGUUGCUGUGCUGACACCAGAUAUGCCAGAUGUCUUAUCACACGUUUCUGUGCGAGCAAGAAACUGCAAGGUUUGCUUCGCCACAUGCUUCGAUAGCAGCAUUUUCUCUGACCUUCAAGCAGCGGAGGGGAAGUUAUUACGGCUCCAGCCGACAUCAACUGAUGUACUCUACAGUGAGGUGAAUGAGAGUGAGCUCAAAGGGGCUAGCUCAAGUGAGAUUAGUGACAAUAUUCCCUCAAUAAGCUUAUCCAAGAAGAUAUUUGGUGGUAAAUAUGCUGUAGCCGCAGAGGAGUUUACUGGUGAUAUGGUUGGAGCUAAGUCGCGCAAUAUCUCAUAUCUAAGAGGAAGAGUUCCAUCAUGGGUUGGAAUCCCUCCAUCUGUGGCCCUACCAUUUGGAGCUUUCGAAGAAGUACUCGCAAAUGGCCCCAAUAAGGAAGUGAGUGACAAAUUGAAGAUCUUGAAGAAGGAAUUAGAGGGUGGUGACAUUGGAGCUCUAGGAAAGAUUCGUACUACAGUUUUGGGACUUGUUGAACCACCUCAAUUGGUUGAAGAGCUCAAAAGCAAGAUGAAGAGCUCGGGAAUGCCAUGGCCUGGAGAUGAAGGUGAGAAACGCUGGCAACAAGCAUGGACAUCAAUAAAAAAGGUCUGGGCUUCAAAGUGGAAUGAGCGAGCGUACUUCAGUACAAGAAAAGUUGGUUUAGAUCAUGAACAUCUGUGCAUGGCUGUCUUGGUUCAAGAAAUCAUAAGCGCUGAUUACGCAUUUGUUAUUCACACAACUAAUCCGUCUUCUGGGGAUUCAUCAGAGAUAUAUACUGAGGUUGUAAGAGGACUUGGUGAAACUUUGGUUGGGGCUUAUCCUGGCCGUGCUUUAGCUUUUAUCUGCAAGAAAAGUGAUCUCGAGUCGCCAAAGGUUCUGGGAUACCCAAGCAAACCUAUUGGGCUCUUCAUAAAACGUUCCAUCAUUUUCCGAUCUGAUUCAAAUGGUGAAGAUCUUGAAGGUUAUGCUGGUGCUGGGCUCUAUGACAGUGUUCCAAUGGAUGAAGAAGAGAAAGUUGUGCUAGACUACUCAGCCGACCCACUAAUUAAUGACAGCAACUUCCGUCAAUCAGUGUUGUCCAGUAUUGCAAAGGCAGGAAGUGCAAUUGAGGAGUUGUACGGAUCUCCUCAAGAUAUCGAAGGUGUUGUGAAGGAUGGGAAGAUAUUUGUUGUGCAAACCAGGCCACAGAUGUAAUGAUUUUGCCUCUUCUACAAGGAGCUAUAUGAUUUAGGUGUCACGAAUGUCAACACCGUGUCCAUGAGAAAAUAGUUUGGAAUGCAGGGUAACAGAGAAGCUUGCAGUUGAAGCUACAAAAGAAGAAGAAGAAGAAGAUACAUACCAGAGGAACACAAAGUGCAGUGAAGAAGCAGGCCAAAAUAAUUUAGUAAUUAGUUUAAAGCUUUUACUACAUUUGUUUUCCAUGAUCAGGAAGUAUGUAUGCUUUUGGUGAUAUCGAACGGAGCAACUAGCUGUCGACCGUAGCAGCAUGAAAUUAGCCAUUCUUAUUUAGUGGGCAUGAAUUAGCCUAAUCAGCUGAGCAAGAAGCAUGCAGUAAGGACUGUCCUAUAGCUUUUUCAUACAAAAUUAUACUUUUAUACGUAUAGCAGUAAAAACUCGCCAGAAUGGUAUAUUUUAACCUGAUUCAGGCUCUUGCAAUUAUUAGAUGGAGGAUUAUCGCGUGAA